AUGACAGUGUCCAUUAGCGAACUCUCCAAUCACACUUACAUUGACCGUAAACUUUCCAUGACUCUGGACUCCACGGACGCAUUUGAAGGUCCUGAGAAAUUACUUGAAAUUUGGUUUUAUCCAAAUGUUCAGUCUAUUCCAGAUGGCACAAAAACCCUGCGCUCAAUUGCUUUUGAAAAAUGGAUUCAUAUCCUCGAACUAGUUAAAUGCCAGGUCCUUUCCAUGAAGAAGGCUGAAAAGAUGGACGCAUUUCUGUUGAGUGAAUCCUCUCUCUUCGUUUUUGAUCAUAAGUUGACUUUGAAAACUUGUGGCACUACGACCACGCUUUUUUGCUUGGAGGAUCUAUUUCGCAUUGUGAAGGAGGACCUAGGGUGGGAUUUUAGUUGUGAAGGUAAGAAUCAUCCCUAUAAGGCAUUUUACUCCAGACGUCGUUUCAUGUUUCCAUUGAAGCAGAGAUCGAUUCAUAAGAAUUGGUCUGAUGAAGUUGAGUAUUUGAAUAGCUUUUUCUGCUUUGGAAAGAGCUAUCUGGUAGGACGUCUAGAUCAGGCUAAUCACUGGAAUUUGUAUGUUACUGAAACGAACACCGAUUUGAAGACAUACGAAGACGAGUAUCCUGACGACGAUGAAACUCUGGAGAUUUUGAUGACGGGCUUGGAACCCAGCAAAUCGAAUCAGUUCGUUGUUUCUCGCGAAUCAAGUGACGUGGAUAACUGCGGUAGUGAUGACGCAGGCCACGUAUUGGGAUUGCGAACUACCCAAGCGACCAAGCUGGACUCUGUUUAUGACAAUGUGCGUAAUGUAUCUAUCCAACAUGAUGCGUUUGCAUUUACACCAUGUGGUUAUUCUUCGAACGUUGUUAUGGAUGGUCAGUUCUAUUAUACGCUUCACGUAACUCCAGAAAAUGGCUGGUCGUAUGCUUCGUUUGAGAGUAACGUUCCCGUAAAACAUGUGAGCAAAAACUCCCAGGACAACAUUGAGGUAAUGAAGCGUGUACUAGACGUUUUUCGGCCUGCGGAUUUCUGUUUGACAUUUUUCGUGCGUAACAUAGCAAAUGACAAUUUUGGAAGAUUGAUGAAGUUGUGUGAUGAAGUUCCUGGGUAUUCUAAAAAAGAUAAAAUCAUUUAUGACCUGGACGAUUAUCACCUAUUAUAUUUGAGGUACGCACGUAUUCCGGAAAAGGUUUAA